CUCACUCGACGACUGUCAGUCCGAGAGAAGCUUUUCGAGGGGCGAGUUCCAUUUUUCCGAGUGCUCUCGCCAAUGUGUUUUGCAGACUUGCUGCUGCUGGACGCCUGACUGGUCGGCUCGCACCCUGACACGUUCGUUGUGCACCGAGGCGCAGCAGUUUCCACCCCGGGACGGUUCAGUGAUUUGAAAUUUGUAUCAGUGUUGUUGCCGCCGAGCAUGUUCGCGGCGUCGUCCGUGCUCGCGAUUUCUUCCACUUGUGAAAUGGCUGGAUUUCGGCGUUUCAAUUGAAUGGUGAAAUAGGAGCGAGAGAGUUCCUCCGCACUACACAAGAUGGCUGCGCGCCGCCUUUCCCGCCCGGCGUCAGCGCCGCCGCCGCCGCGGCUGCUGCUCGUGCUGGGCUUCCUGCUGACCACGUGGUGGCCCCCGACGGUGGGCGACCCUGGCGCGGUCACGACGCCCCCUCCGAAUCUGCCUCCGCCGCCUCCCGUGAUUCACGGGCAGUAUCCGCCGACGGACGCGCCUGCCGCGCACUUCACGCACAUGCUGGUGCACCGGUCAACGGGCAAGGUGCUGGUCGCCGGCACCAACCUGCUGGUGCAGCUGGACGCCGGCCUGAAGGAGGAGAAGCUGGUGAAAACAGGCCCGCAGCCGGACAGCCCUGACUGCUCUGCGUCGGGCUGCUCCGAAGAAGCGCCUACCACAAUGACCAACAACGUCAACAAGGUGCUCGUGCUCGACUACGAACGCAACAACCUGAUCGUGUGCGGCUCGGUGCGGCAGGGCGCCUGCAGCAAGUACCUGGCGUCCAACCUGUCCAUAGCGCCUGAGUUUGUGGCCAAGAGCGUCGCGGCCAACGACGCCACCAGCUCUACUUUCGCUUUCAUUGGUCCGGCAAAGUACACCGACUUCAACAGCGUUCUCUACGUCGGCGCCACCAACACCAACAGUGGCCUCUACAGGUACGACAUGCCUGCCAUCGCUAGCAGGAGCCUCGAAGACUUGAAUGUCGUCGAGAUGUCGCUCAAGCGUGCCAGUUUGCUCAUCAAUGACAACAGCAGGGACCACUUCUUGGUCAAGUACGUCUACGGCUUCAACGACACCGAGUACGCAUACUUUGUGAUCAUGCAGAAGAACAAGCACCUGCAGGGCGAGGAGCAUGGCUACGAGACGCGGCUGGCGCGAAUCUGCAUCAAGGACAGCAACUACGAGACGUACACGGAAGUGACGCUGCAGUGCGUGUCGCAAGACAAGGGAAUCAACUACACCCUGGUGCAGGACGCCAAGUUGACGCAGGCCGGGCCCGAUUUGGCUAACGACUUUGACUUGGACGUUAACACCAGGGUGCUGGUGGCCGUGUUCGGGGCCAGCAAGGGCAGCUCCGAUGAGCCCAUCAACAAGUCGGCCAUGUGCGUGUACACAAUGAGGGAUAUCGACGCCAUGUUCAACACCAACAUCCACCUGUGCUUGAACGGCACCGUCAAGUCCAGGAAUAUGCACCAUAUCUCGGGACCUGUGUUCAACGGAGACUGCAAUGAAAAUGUUCAAUCCGCGGGCAACAUCGGCAAUUUCUGCGACGUUGGUUUGAAAAUCUCCGGCACGCACCCAAUCGUCAACCGCGCAGUCAUAGAAUUCGACGGCACGUACCUCACAUCGGUCACCACGGCAACGGUGGGAACGCAUUCGGUUGCAUUUCUCGGCACCAAGAAUGGCCGACUAAAAAAGGUGUUUCUGGUCGACAAAGACGUGGCCCACGAGUACGAGGAAAUUAUUCUCGACCCUGGAAAUGCAAUCUUGCCAGACACCAGUCUGGACCGAAGUGGCGACUUCCUCUACGUGCUCACCACCAGCAAAAUUCUGAAGGUGAAGGUAGAGGACUGCACGAACUACUCAAACUGCUCGUCCUGCAUGGAAGCCAGGGACCCCUACUGCGGCUGGUGCUCGCUGGAGAAAAGGUGCACCGUGAGAGGGGAAUGCCAAAAAGCAGACCACAGUUCCCCGAGGUGGCUGACCUUUGGGUCGGUUCAGCAGUGUAUCGACUUUGAGCAAGUGCUCCCAGAUCGUAUUCCUAUUAAUCAAAUGACUGAUGUGCAACUAAAAAUUCGCACCCUGCCGACGCUCCACUCCGGUGCCAAGUACAGGUGUGUCUUUGGGGAAGCAGACCCGAUCGACGCUGACGUGCUCCCGAACGGGUUGAAGUGCCGGUCGCCGCCGCUGCACAAGCGGCCCAAGAUCCCCGAGGAAGAGGACCACGUGCUGGUGCUGUUGUCGGUGCGAUCCUCAGAGACGAACAAGGAUUUCGUCAGCCGCAACUUCGCCUACUACGACUGCAGCCGGCACACGACGUGCCGCGAGUGCGUCACGUCCAAGUGGGCGUGCAACUGGUGCGUGUACGAGAACAAGUGCACGCACAACACCACCUCCUGCCAGCGGGCCGUGGUCAGCGGCGAAAAUGUAAGCAUCCUCCUUAUGCUCCAACAGAAUCCAACUCAAUUGGCCUCCCAAGGAGCCAAGUCCUGUCCGCGCUUUGUCAACCUUGACGACAGCAUUUUGCUGCCCAACAAUGUCCAAAAUGAGAUUCGCCUGCAAGUAGACAACCUGCCUUACAUCCAGGCGGAGCACUCUGGCUUCCAGUGCAUCAUCACAAUCGAGGGUGCUAAAAUGAAGGUGCCCACCAAGGUUGAGCAGGGUGGAAUUGUCUAUUGCGAAAAGACGACAUACUCCUACGAGGCCAACACAGGCGAGUAUCAGGCGAGUCUCACGCUUGUGUGGAACAACAACCACUUUGUGGACACGACUAACAUCACGCUGUACAAGUGUGAGAUCCUAGGCUCACACAAGGAGCACCCUGACUGCUCCCUUUGCGUGACAAGGAAUGCUAAGUACGAGUGCUCCUGGUGCGGAAACAAAUGCAGCUACAGCAAAAGCUGCCAGCAGACGCCAGCCAACAAAUGCCCCAAGCCAAGAAUUGAUGUGGUUAAACCAUUGGGUGGACCUAUCGAAGGUGGCACUUUGGUGACCAUCAUUGGUGGCAAUCUCGGUCUCAAGAGAGAAGAUGUCAGUGGAAAGAUCAGUAUUGGCGACAUUCCCUGCGAACUAGUCAACUUUGAGGUUUCUUUACGGAUUGAGUGCAGAACUGGUGCAUCCAUUAAUGGAGAGAUGACCGCCCCUGUCAUUGUUUGGAACGAUGCUGGCUCAGCUGAGUCGCCUGUUGGCUUUAGUUACAAGAACAUUGUGCUAGAGGGUCUGUACCCCCCUAUUGGCCCUGAGAGUGGUGGCACGCAGUUGGCCAUCACAGGACACAACCUGAACACUGGUUCGACGGUGCACGCGUCUUUGGACGAGCUGCCGUGCCUGGUGAACAUGACACAGGCGUCAAGCAGCAGGAUCACGUGCAUCACCUCAAAGGCCAACAACCCCAGACAGAUCAACAGACUGACCCUGAGCAUCGACGGUGCAAACAGGACCCUCGAAGGGAAUUGCUUCAACUACACAAAGGAUCCAACUAUCAUGGAGAUCAAGCCACUGAAGAGUUUUGCCUCAGGAGGCAGGAUGAUCACGGUUCACGGCACCGACUUAGAUUCAAUCCAGAAGCCAGAGAUGGUGGUGUACAGCGACAACGAGCCCAUCAACAAAACGAUUUGCAACGUCCUGAAUGAUGCCCUCAUGGAGUGCCCGUCUCCCCCCAUCAACCUGGAAUUCCUCACGGCGUCCAGGCAAAAGCGGUCCCGCCACCAGAGAUCUUUGUCUAAAUUCCGAGAGGUCUCAUACCAAAUCGGAUUCGUCAUGGACAAUGUGGAGAAAGUUAGGGACAUGGGGAAAUACUUUGAGCACAUCUCUUCUCAGCUGACGUAUGUCGAGGAUCCAAAAAUCUUCCAGUUUCCCAACUACAAGAAGAGUUACAAGGGAGACACGCUAGUCAUUGAGGGUGAAAAUCUGAACCUGGCGAGCGAGGAGUAUGACGUGAACGUGACGAUCGGCACCCGCCCUUGCAACGUUACUUCCCUGGCGAAUACACAGCUGGUGUGCACACCUCCAGACAUGCAGCCGCACGGCACAGAUGAGUUUGGCAUCCAAACUGACUCAAGCCUGCCGCUGGUGGUGGUCAAGGUGGGCCAGUCGUUGCGCUUCCCUGUCGGCUACCUGCAGUACGACGUGAUGAAGCUGCAGUACUACGCCGACGAGGCCAUAUUUGGCAUUGCUGCUGGCUCUGUCCUUCUGAUCAUCCUGUUCGCGGCUGUGCUGGUCGUCUACAGGCGCAAGUCAACGCAGGCCGAGAGAGAGUACAAGCGCAUCCAGAUCCAGAUGGACACUCUUGAAAGCAACGUCCGCUCUGAGUGCAAACAAGCUUUCACUCAGAUGUGCACCUGGGACCCGCGACGUAAUGGUGGUUCAUAUCUGCAUGCCGCAUGCUGGACUAACAAUCGCCUCUUGUGCACCACUCUUCUGUCUCAUCAACGAGCCGCCACCCUCCUCCUCGCUUUCGCUGAACUCCAAACAGAUAUGACCGACCUGACUGCCGACCUCGAAACCUCCGGCAUUCCCACCCUGGACCACAAGAGCUACAUCAUGAAGGUCUUCUUCCCGGGCGUCAACGACCAUCCCAUUCUGAACGACCCGAAGCAUCUCCCUCCGCAGGUCAAAAUUUCAGCGCCGAGAACCAACUACGACGCGGCCAUGCUGCAGUUCGAGCAGCUCAUCAGCAAUAAAAACUUUUUGCUGACUUUCAUCGACACGCUCGAGUCGCAAAAGUCUUUCAACAUUAGAGAUAAGGUAAAUGUUGCGUCCCUCCUGAUGGUGGUCCUCAUGGGCAAGAUGGAGUACGCAACUGAGAUCCUUAGGUGCCUUCUUUUGCGCCUGAUCGACAAGUCCGUGGGCACCAAGCACCCGCAGCUGAUGCUCAGACGCACCGAGUCGGUGGUAGAGAAAAUGCUGACCAACUGGAUGGCUCUCUGCAUGUACAACUACCUGAAGGAGUACUCAGGCUCCUCGCUCUUCCUCCUCUUCAAGGCAAUCAAGUACCAAAUUGAAAAGGGACCUGUCGACGCUAUCACACACGACGCCCGGUACUCUUUGUCUGAAGAGCGCCUGCUGAGGGAGCAGAUUGAUCACGGUUUUGUGACGAUUCACCUCGUGCAGGAGGAUCCGCAUUAUGAGAAAAUUCCUUACCAUCAAAGAUAUCAAACUUUGCACGUGGUGCAGGAGGACGUGGAUGAAAAAAUCCAGUGCAAGGUGCUGGACUGCGACACCAUCAGUCAGGUGAAGCUAAAGAUCCUGGACGCCCUGUACAAGAACACACCCUACUCGAUGCGCCCCUCGAUCCACGAGAUCGACCUCGAGUGGCGCCACGGCCGCGGAGGCCACCUGACCUUGCAGGACGAGGACCUGACUACCAAGACUGUUGGCGGGUGGAAGAAAAUCAACACGCUGUUUCACUACGGCGUCAAGGAGUCUGCUGUCAUGUCGCUCAUCCCCAGACAGAACGACGCCUUCAACUCGAACUGCAAGCAACCGUGCCAGAACUGCACUGGCUCCUCCUACUUCACCAACACCCUCUCUCCCAUCAUCACCAACAAUGGUGACAUAGAAUCUGGACACUCUGGAAGUGCCAAGCACGCUUCGUUUCAGGUGUACCACUUGUUGCGUCAAGUAGACGAGAACCACUACCAGAAUAACAAGAACGCCUCGGAGCGCACGCACAAGGCCAUUCCAGAGAUCUUCCUGACGAGACUGCUCUCCACAAAAGGUACCAUCCAGAAGUUUGUCGAUGACUUCUUCAACACCAUCCUUGCCGCCAACGAAUCGUUGCCACCCGCCAUCAAGUGGCUGUUCGACCUCCUUGACGAGGCCGCAAGAAGGCACGGAAUCACUGACCCUGAGGUGGUUCACGCCUGGAAAUCGAACAGUCUUCCUCUGCGCUUCUGGGUGAACUUUAUCAAGAACCCUGACUUCAUCUUUGACGUUAACAAAACAACCACCGUCGACUGCUGCCUCUCUGUGAUCGCCCAGACCCUGAUGGACUCGUGCUCAACCUCUGAGCACCGCCUCGGCAAGGACUCGCCCUCGAACAAGCUUCUCUUCGCCAAGGACAUCCCCAACUAUCGGGAAAUGGUGUCGCACUUCUACUGCGACAUCCAGAUGCUUCCUCAGAUCACCGACCAGGAGAUGAGCACCGCCAUGCAGCAACUGUCGGUCUCGCAGAUCGGAGAGUUUGAUGUGGUUGCAGCCCUCAAAGAGCUUUAUAUUUACGUCAAUAAAUAUAGUGAGCAGAUAUUUGAUUCACUUGAGACUGACCCGUACUGUAAGAAAAUGCACUUGGCUCACAAGCUCGAGAAUGUGGCUUGCACCCUCGAAGGCGAAGAGACGUCGACAUGCUGACGACGCGGGUCACCUGAUCUUCUCCUGUCUAGCCCCUUCUACUGACAGGCCUGAGAAACGCGGAAAACUGCUGCCAAACUGUGAUACUUGCCAAACACACAUACACACGACACUCGCACACAUACAAGCGUAGAGAGAGAGAGCCCGAGUAGCAGAUGAUGCGUAUUUAUUGUGAUCAUUUUUUGUAAUCGUGAAUGGCGGUGGGCGACAAGAUGUGUGGAUGGACGAACUUUUGAUUUCGCAGUGUGUUUAACCACAGUAGAUUUCUGAUCAGGUGACCUAGUUAGCUUUUUAUAAGUGUACAAUAAUAGUUUGUUGUAAUUUUUUUUUAUUUGUGAAUGUGUUUUUUGUGCAUACAACUGGACUCUGAAGAUUUUUGUGCAAAAUAUUCACGGCUCUGAGGCUUGAAAGUGGACUUGUCUGAGUUUCCUAUUUUCGAGUGCCUGCAAUCUUUUGAGAAUUGCGAGUCAUUCCUCUGGUUUCGAUUUACAUGCUAUUUUUGCAAAGCUCACUUGCGUCCUGGUGGAACGUACGAGGAGAGAAGCAUGUCAAUUUAGUCUUAAACGGUGGAAGAUCCGGCUGAAAAUUGAAAACAAUUAAGUCCGCGGCAGUUUUGCUACUUUCCUGAAUAAUAUAUAUACUUCUAAAAAGGCAUUCCUAAAACGCUCUUUUCAUGUUUGAAAGUAAAAAGACUGAAUUUGAAUCCCACUGAACGGAAAAAAUGUAUAUUUGAUGGCAGUCAUGCCUGCCAGCAUUCCAACAAAACAAAAAAUGCCAGCCGAUUUCUUCCAACCCUCCCAAGAAAAAGCUACCCUUUCCUGCCCAAUGCCAAACAGAGACGAAACUGUACGUAACAAGCUGCUAGAAUUUUUAUAAUAGCUUUUUAUUCCCAAAUUUCCUUCCCUAGCCGUUGAAACAUUGUUGAAAAUUAAUUUAUUCGUUUUGGAAAAUCACUGACAAAAAUCUGGUUGUGUUCUGUGAAUAAAUGUUUGAUUCUUACUGAGAAGAAUAAAGAGAAAAUUACUGUGUACAGAAAAUACCUAGUCUAGAUGGAUGGCAACACUCUUAUAAUAUUACCUAAAAGAUGCAGACUUGAUUGUGUCUCAACAUUAUUAACAUUUAAACGGCGAUUUGUGUACCAUUUGUAAAUAGUGUACUCUCUUACACACAAAUCGAUGGCAUUUCUGUGUAAAUAAAUCGGAAGGAGCGACUUUCUAGCAAUAUAUUCUAGACAAGUCCACACGUGGAUGAAAAGUUCAGUUUGCCAUCUGUCCUGUUAUCAAUUAAGAGUAAAAAUGGUUGUCAAAAUUACUACCAGAGCAAAAAGAGCUGCUGAUUGUUGAGCCUAUUGUGGGAGAUUUUGAAAAGGGUUUCAUUAUUUGUACAAUUUUGAGAAGGAAUUUCGGACAGAGCUGGCACACUUGCACUUCAGUAAACGAAUAAUUAUUGUCUUGUACUGAUCUCAAUGAUGAUAUUAUUAUUGUGCUGUUUGAUAUGAAGACCGAAUUUCAGUGGUUUUUAAAUUUUAGAAUCAGUCACGUGUUUUAAAAUCAGCAGUUGUUAUUUAUGUAUUACCAAUCAGAAAUUACUCUGACUCAGAUUCAAUGUGAAAUUUCUCUGUUUUUAUUGCAUUAUUUUUGUAUAAAUUUCACUUUGCUCUUUCACUAUUUCUAUUCAUUCGCCAGCCGUUCAAAACAAAUUGUGCAUGUGCUUGUUGUGCCCUUGGAUACUACUUGAAAUAUAAAUAGCUUCUGAUAUUUAUAUUUUGAUUGAAAAUCCCUCCAUCCCAAUAAAAGGUGAAGAAUGAAAAUA